ACCACGCCCAUUACAGGUGGAGAAGCGGCGCGGUGCAUCAUGGUAAAAAAAAAAACUUCGCCGACUAAGGACGAUCACUUUGGGGUUUUUUUUUUCUUUUUGGAAUUUUUGAACUACAAAGCCACCAAUACACCGCGUCGUAAGGUUCUAACUUAUUUAAACAGAAGCCCUUCAUUAUCUACUAGAUUGACAUUUUGAAUUCUUCCGGUUUGGAAAUCUAUUGGCGCGUAUCUUCCGCGGACGGACGCGGCGCGUGCGCAAACUGAUGGAGGACUCGCACGCGAAUUGAUCCGAGACCACCACGAGCGGAGAGUGACGUCAUUAUGGACAAGGGAGAGAAGUUCGGUCCAAGACAGGAUUUGGACUUGGACACCACCCUUCAGUUCCUUCCCGCCCCCAACGCCAAAAAGUUAGAGAAGAAGCAUGGACGCAGAAGACUAUGGAUUGGUGUUGGUUUUGUGAUGGCGGCAGUCGCUCUGAGUCUACUGACUGGACUACUCGUGUGGCGUUUACAUCUGCACAGCAACGACCCGGUGCCACGCAUCUACGUGGGCUCCAUGGAGAUCAAGCAGAACUUCCUGUCGGUGUAUGAGGACUCCAGCAGCAUUCAGUUCUCUGAGUUAUCUUCUCAGGUUAGCAAGCAGCUACAAAGCAUGUACUCCAAAAACGUAGUUCUGGUCAAAUACUACAAACGCUCGUCCGUGGAUGCCUUCAGCGAUGGAGGCGGAGACUCGGUGAUGGCGUACUACCAGUCGGAAUUUGACAUCCCCGCCCCUCAACUGGCUUCUGUCGAUGUCGCAAUGAAAUCGCUGCAAACACCGGCGGAAAGUCAACAAAGUCGACAAGGAAGAGUGAUGGUGAAACCUGCCGAUGUUCUCGACGUCAACAGUGUUGUAACGCGAGCUAUCGAUCCACGGAUGACAUCAUCGUCCAUACUUGUCAAGAAGUCUUUUAACGUGCACGUCCAAGAUGGCGGAAUCGUUCAGUCACCGGGUUUUCCCGAUUCCCCGUACCCGUCCAGCAUCUACCUGCAGUGGCGCAUGCGCGCGGACCCCGAUCACCGUGUCCGACUGGACUUCGAUACGCUCAUCUUGGAGGACAACUGUCAGAAUGAUUUUGUCAAGAUCUAUGACUCGCUGGCGCCCAUGGAGCAUGCUGCCAUUACCGAAUAUUGUGGUUUUCCUCACCAUUCGCUGUCGUUUGUGUCAUCUGGGAACGUCAUGUUGUUGACACUGGUCACCAACAUGGAGAAGAACUUCCCGGGCUUCAGGGCCAACUACUCGCAGGUCUCUCUAGCGCCACCAGGUUGUGGAGGGUCUCUAAGCGGUGACAUCGGCUUCUUCUCCUCGCCGUUCUUCCCAUCCAGCUACCCUCCUCAGACCACGUGUGUGUGGAACAUUCAGGUGUCACAUGACAAGCUGGUCAAAGUCGAAUUCAGAAAGUUCUACGUCGGAAAUGACUCCAGCGACUGCUCACAAGAUUACGUGGAGGUCAACGGUCGGAGACUGUGUGGGACAAAAGCGGAAAGCACGGUGGUGGCGAGCAGAAGCAAUGCGAUGACGGUCAAGUUUAACUCCGACUCGUCCUACGUCAACCGUGGUUUCAUCGCAGAUUACGAGGCGUUUAUCCCAAGUGACCCGUGUCCGGGACGCUUCCGCUGCACCAACGAAUUGUGCGUCGAUUUGAGUCUGCGAUGCGACGGCGUUGAUGACUGCGGAGACAGCAGUGACGAAGACGACUGCACAUGCGAGGCGUCCCACAUGAGGUGUGAAAAUGGCCGCUGUAAGGCCAAAUUCUGGGCGUGUGAUGGCAUUAACGACUGUGGAGACAACUCGGAUGAGCGCAACUGCGGCGCCUGCAGUACCGGCGAAUUUCGCUGUAGGAACGGUCGAUGCGUCGCAUCGGCGAUGGUAUGUGAUGGAAAGUUCGACUGCACAGACGGUUCGGAUGAGUCCAAAUGUGAAAAAUCCGUCGCCAUGACAACGUGUUCGGAGUUAAGCUUCCGUUGCAAAGACGGAGGCUGUGUCAACAAAGUCAACCCCGAGUGCGAUGAUAAGGCUGACUGCGAGGAUGCGUCGGACGAGGAAUCGUGUCAGUGUGGCUCGCGGCCAUACCGUAGCUCCCGUAUUGUUGGCGGUCAAGUGUCGCGGGAGGCUGAGUGGCCGUGGCAGGUCAGCCUCCAUGUUGGGACCAAAGGUCACGUGUGUGGAGCUUCUUUGUUGAGCCCCCGCUGGCUACUGACCGCCGCCCACUGCGUCCAGGACAAGGGUCCAAUCAGGUACACUCAAGCCGACCAAUGGGAAGCCUUCCUGGGGCAGCACACGCAAAGUAGCACCAACGAGUGGACAGUGAGGAGGAAGGUGAAGCGGAUCGUUGUCCACAGCCACUUUGACCCGUUCACUUUUGACAACGAUGUGGCGUUGAUGGAGCUCGACUCGGACGUCCCGCUCAACCAACACAUCUGGCCCAUCUGCCUACCUUCACCGACGCAUCAAUUUCCCUCGGGUCACCGCGCGUGGAUCACCGGGUGGGGCGCCACCAGAGAGGGAGGUGUAGCAGUGAGUGUCUUGCACAAGGCUGAAGUCCGCAUCAUCAAUAGCUCUGUGUGCAACAGUCUGAUGAAGAAUGAGGUCACGGACGGAAUGUUGUGUGCUGGCGUCCUCAAAGGCGGUGUGGACGCCUGCCAGGGAGACUCCGGGGGUCCGCUGUCUGUCACCAGCCAGAGUGGGCGGGUCUUUCUAGCCGGCGUGGUGAGCUGGGGGGACGGCUGCGCUCGCAGGAACAAACCCGGCGUCUACGCACGAGUCACCAAAUACCGACGAUGGAUCAAGGAGCACAGCGGCGUGUAGCAGCAAACAGGAGGCGGCCAUAAAUGGUCCAAAGAGAUACAGAUGCGCCUCCCUUCAGAGACUCUGCCUCUGCCAAAUACAUGGAUUUGUGUUACCAUGGCAACACUGUCAAGGACCAGCAACUAUGGUGGACACAGAAGCAGACUUUUAAACUUUAAGGGGUGUGGCAUCACACCGUCUGGUCAUGUUAUCAUCAUACAGAUGAUAACUGAGGUGCAGCAGGUUUUAUUCCAUAUCUUUAAAAAUAUUUGUAUAUUAUUAUUAUUAUUAUUAUUAUAUGUGUGAAGUGACAGUCGGUGACCUCCUGCCCAAACAUAAGAAUCUGAAGCAGCGCUGAGAAUAAAUACAAACUUUUAAUAUUUGGUGGUGUAAAUAUAUUGCAAGUACUACACGAGAAGACGCUGGAAGAAUAUUGAAUAAUCCCAUCAUGCAUUGCGCUAUAUUGCAGAGAGCUUUGGUGUCAUUAACAGAAGCAGCAGAGAAAACAGAAUCCGAGUUCAGUUGAGGAGCAAAACAGCAUCACAUUAGACAUGUUUCAAAAUAAAAACGUUUCCCUUCUUUGUGCUGAUGAAAGAAAAAGUUCAACAUAAAUCGUCACAGUCGCCGGGUACAAAUUCUGUUUUCUCCGCUUUUCUCCACAGCAAAUAAAAAUGUAAACUCA